AUGGCCGAUUCCUUCACUCUCCCACUGCGCCCAGUAGUGGAGCGGCAAGACCGUCCUGACACUCUCCCCGUGGAGAUUGCCCAGAUCAACAGCCAGUGGGGUUCCUUUCGCGAUGUCAACGAGGAAGUCCUCCGCGCGAAGAUUGCGGAAGAGGAAGCUCGAGACGGUGCGCUGUCCGAGGAUGACAAAGGGGAGACAUCUGAUGUCGACACGACUGAGCGCCUCGAGCAGCUGUACAAGCGGCGUGCCGACAUCACUCAAUUUGCCAUGUUCGUUACAACACCGCCAUUGAUGAUCUUGUGA